CCUGCCUGCGUGUCCGCUCCGCGCCGCAGCCGGACCGGGGCGCAGCGCUGCAGAGGGCGAGGGCCGCCCGGAGCGUGGCCCGAGCCGGCGCGGCGAUGAUGAACAGAUUCCGAAAGUGGCUGUAUAAACCCAAGAGGUCAGACCCACAGCUGCUGGCCCAGUUCUACUAUGCCGAUGAGGAGCUGAACCAGGUGGCUGCAGAGCUAGACAGCCUGGAUGGGCGGAAGGAGCCCCAGAGGUGCACACUGCUUGUCAGCCAGUUCCGCUCCUGUCAGGACAAUGUGUUAAACAUCAUUAAUCAGAUCAUGGAGGAGUGUAUCCCCCAGGACCGAGCCCCUCGGGAUUUCUGCGUCAAGUUUCCAGAGGAGAUCCGGCACGACAACUUGGCUGGCCAGCUGUGGUUCGGGGCUGAGUGCCUGGCAGCUGGCUCCAUCAUCAUGAAUCGUGAGCUGGAGAGCAUGGCCAUGCGGCCGCUGGCCAAGGAGCUGACGCGCAGCCUGGAGGAUGUGCGGGGCACUCUCCGUGACCAGGCACUACGAGACCUCAACACCUACACGGAGAAGAUGCGGGAGGCGCUGAGACGCUUUGAUGUUCUGUUUGCCGAGUUUGAACUGAGCUAUGUCUCAGCCAUGGUGCCAGUGAAGUCCCCCAGGGAGUACUAUGUGCAGCAGGAGGUCAUCGUGCUGUUCUGUGAGACGGUGGAGAGAGCCUUGGAGUUUGGGUAUCUGACCCAGGACAUGAUUGACGACUAUGAGCCUGCUCUCAUGUUCACCAUUCCUCGGCUGGCCAUUGUGUGUGGCCUUGUGGUCUAUGCAGAUGGACCCCUGAACUUGGACCGAAAGGUGGAGGACAUGUCUGAGCUGUUCCGGCCCUUCCACACGUUGCUGCGGAAAAUAAGGGAUCUGCUGCAGGCACUGACUGAGGAGGAGCUGCACACCCUGGAGCGGAGCCUCUGCGUGUCUCAGGAUGUGGAGCUUCCCAUCCGGGCAGACGCCCAGGCACCCAGUGCCCUGGCACCCUCCUUUUCUGCAUCCCUUGCCCCCGAGGAGACACUUUCCGCCAGUGCCAAUAACCCAGAGGAAGAGCUGGCCUGCUCGAUGCAGUAUGAUGACCAGGAGCUGGAGGAGCUCAGCCGCAUGGUCCACAGGGCCGGGGAUGAGAUGUCUUCUCUGCUUUCACCGCCCAGUGCCUGUCAGUCCCCAGCCCAUAGGGCAGGCUCAGAGGCUAGCCCUCGAGGAGAGGCCUCUCCAGCCAGAGCCCAGCUGAAGUCGGGCAGCGAUGAGGAGGAAAGGGUGUUCUUCAUGGAUGAUGUGGAGGUGACAGAGUCUCCUGCCAGGCCCGAAUCCCCAAGGAGCACAUUUGAGUUGACGCAGGGUAAUGUCCAACAGAGAGGACAGGAUGGCCAGAGUGGAGAGGUGGGGGUUAGGGCACCUGCCCUGGUAAAGGAGGAAGACUGGAGCAACAACAACAUUGAAGGUGACAAGAUAAAGCUGGCCAGCCUCGCGGGCUCCACUUCCUGCAGUUGCCUAGACUCACAGCUAUACCUGGAUGGCUGGGAGGUGAGCGCAGAGGAUGCCGAGACUGCAGAAAUGAUUGCACACCGGACCGGGGGAAUGAAGCUGUCGGCCACAGUCAUCUUCAACCCCAAGUCUCCAACCUCCUUGGACUCAGCUGCGGCAAGCCAAGAAGUCCCGGGCCAUAGUAUUUCCCCAUUGGAGCCCAGGGCCGAGGGGACAGGGGACAAUACACACAAACUCAGCACUACAGCCACCAACUGCCUCCUCCACUCCUGUGUGUGCUGUGGCAGCUGUGGGGACAGCAGGGAGGAUGCUGUAGAGUGCCUACGGGAGAAGUGUGGCCCAGGAAGUGUCCUCAGUGCCUCUAACCCUUCUGUAAGCUUAGCCAAGGGUGGUGAAAAAGAGCCUGAGAGACUAGAGGAGGCCCAGCCUUCUGAUGUCACCCUGCCUGCAGAAGAUGCCUCCAGUAGGCAGGAGCCCAAAGCCCCUGCUUCCAACAAGUGCCUGGCACACACCUCAGGGCCUCAGGUGGACACAGCAAGCAGGUUGCAAGGAGAGAGUGAGGUCAAAGGCCAGCCAGAACCAGAGGCCAGAAAGCAGGACUCUGAGAAGUCUCCUGUGGUCAGUGGGGACAGUCCAAGAGGGGACACGGCCCAGACAGAACCCCAGCACCUGUCGGGCUCCAGAUGGUGCCGCCGAGGCCGGCUGUACAGACGUCUCUCCUGUUUCCAUAAAGUCUGUCCUUGGAGGCAGCCCCAGCUGCAUAGCCAUGUCAAAUGGAAUGAAUUGAUUUCCCAAAGACUGCUGAUGGCUACCUUGAGGCCUCUGGCUUUCUUAUUGGUAACAGCAGAAGACAGCUACCAUUUAGAAACUUGUCCUACUCUGGGAAGGGCCCUUCACAACAUGCCUCUGUGUUUAAACCCAGUCCAGCUCUGGGUACAUUCAGCACUCAGCUAUAAAAUGGUGAGAAAACCUACCUGGUGGCUCAGAAGACCUCCCACCUUCCUGGAAGCCAGUUUAGAAGAUGCAAAGGGUCUGAAGAGGAAGCACUCGGCAGGGGGCCAGCACCUCGGACAGAGGCACGACAGCCCAGCUCUGUGCUUCAGGGAGCUGGAAGAGGUCACUCCUGUCCCAACACUGACAGAACCAUCCUAGGAGUCCCGGCCCAGUGUUCUGUGUCAUGGCACCGAAUCCACCCAGGAACCAGAUGGGUGUGGCAAGUCUUUCAGGCUCUGCACGAAGGUGAUACAGCAGCGUGUUUUCAAACAGAAGCAAGCAAGAGGCCAGUCACACACAGGCAGAACGUUUGCUGAAAUGUGGAAAGAGACAUCAGGAGGUCUGGUUAGUGUAACAGCACUGUGACAGAGCUAUCUCAUGACACAUGUGGUCUCAUGCACAAGGUGGUGUAUUAGUCAGGAUUCUCUAAAGGAACAACACAUAUCUAUCACAUAUAUAGAUUAUGAAUCUGUAAAUAUAAAUUAUAUAAAUAUGUACAUAAUAUAAUAUCUAUUGUGUUAUUUUAAUUGUAAUAUAUAUAUUAUAUAUUAUAUAUUUAAUUGUAAUAUAUAUAUAUAAUAUCCUAUAUUAGAUUGGGAUAUAUCUAUAUAGGAUCUAGUCUGGGUACCCCCAAAGUCUCACGUGGGUAAGGCUGAGAACCUGGUAGUUGUCCGGUCUGGAGGCCGACGUCUCAGCAGUUGCAGUCUGGUGCUGUGGUCCUGAAGGGUUCCUGGGGAGUAGCUGAUCUCCAGUCUACGUUGGAAUCCUGAAGAAGUUGUUUCCGAUACCAGUGAAGGAGUAACUGAGCAACAGGGUAGAUGAAGUUGCCAAUGAGAGUGAGGACAAGCAGGUAAAAAGCAAGUUUCCUUCUUCUGUGGCUUUUCCUGUGGGCUGAAACCGGGUGCUGUUUGCAUUUACUGGGGGUCUUCCUGCUCAAAUAAUCAGAUUAAGGAAAUCCCUCACAGGAGUGCCCAGCAUCUUGGGUUUCAGUUGCCUUCUGCAUGCAGUCAAAUUGACAACCAAGAUUAUCUGUCACAAGUGGGGUCUGCAUCUGGAAGACAGAUGCUAAUGGCUGCCUCAGCCCAGUGUCCCUGAAAGGGACAGUUACCUCCACUCUGCAAGCAGCAGGGUCCAUUUCUCUGCUGUUCCGAUUUGAUCGUGGGCUUCUCCCUUCAUCUGGCAGGCGCCUCUGUGCCUCCGGUGAUGCUUGGCAUGGAAAAUAUAAUGACCAGUGGUGGACCCUGUGCUCACAGGCUUCUGUCCCAUGUGCGAGUCCUACCUCUGUGAAAGUGGAAGAAAAGCAGGGAACUGUGGCAAGAGACCUGCAUUCGAGGCCGGAGUCCUCCACAUUCCUGGAGUGUGUGUUGCUAGUCAGGUAGAAGAUGACUCCACAUAGACAUAAGGUUAUUCCUGCCAAGGGACCCGAGGCUGAGAGUGUGGGGCCACUAGAGAAGCCCCUCUUUGGGUGGCCUUCUGGCCUUGGCUGACUCUCCCAGCCCCAGCAUCCAGGGUGGUGGGACAUUAUCAGUGCUCAGCAUGGAUGCCCUGACCCUGCUGAGUGAAUAUUCUGGAACCUGGGCUCUUUAGUUCUUUCUGCUGGCUUCUUUCCUAUCUGUUCAGUGAUCAGAGAUGAAUAUUUUAGGGGAAAGUUGACAUUUUUAAAAGUUGGUUUUUCCCCACCCAGCCUUAGCUUCCUGACUCAAAGCAUUCUUUUAUGUCAACACCAUUGUCUGCUUGUCAGAGGACAAAACCCACUCAAGCCCGUCUCCCACCUUGGUCAGGCAGGGAUAUUUGCUGUAGAAACUAUAUUAAUCUCCCUUUCCCCUUCUGUAAGUGUGGCCCCUGAUCAUUGUAAAAACUUUAGAAACAUUAAAAAGACCAAAGGAGGUAAAUAAAAAUUUUCCACAUUUUA